AUGCCUCAUCGAGCAGUUGUACGUCCUCUUGGAACGACUCAGAGUGAUCCUGGUGUGGUAGAGAAGAAGCUUCAAUCAGUUGGUUUCCUCGAUUCUCUACCUAAUGACGAUCUUUUUGGUAGUGCUAUUCAUGAUCAAAUUGAUGGUUUGAAGAAUGAUUUCGGUGUCUCAGCGGUUGAUCUAGAACGUAUUCAUGAUGCUUCUUUCAAGCGGGCUAAGGACAGUCAACUACCCUCUGGUGGUGCUUACAUGGGUCAUGUUGAUAGUAGGUCGAUAGAUAUGUUUCUCCAAGCGGUUAAGCGUGCUCCCGGUUGGUCUGUUGGUGUGAUGCCGGAACUAUUUCAAGCUUAUUAUUUGGAGUUCUGUCUUGAUGCCUCGGUUCGUGGAGUUAUUACUGGCAUUGUCGAUAAGGAGUUGAAGGAGCGAGGUCUCAAGGGUUAUUAUGCCCUCAGUGCUCGUGCGGCGUGUAUUGAGUCUGCUCUGAGAGCGAGAUUUGAGUCUAUUAAUUCUCACCGUAUCCUGGCCGAUCGAUGGGAGAGCUUACGGUGGAAUAUUGCUGAUGAUUUUGAGAAGUUUUAUCUUGAAUUUCAAGAGGUACGAGACUCUUACUCUCGUCAACGCCAGCAAGAACUUCAAGGCGCGGAUGUUGUAGAACGACUCUUUGGUGCUCUGACGAAGGAGUUGGCUGAUCGGCUUAUCAGACAGUAUG